GAACAUCUCCGCGCUAGAACCGACAUCGAAAUCGCAUUAAUAAUGACCGACCCGCGAGUCGUCAGACGAGAUCACUUCCGAUUGGCAAUGUACCUUUCUUCUUCCUCUCUGCAUCCUUCUGUAGCAGCGACAAAAAGACGACAAGGAUCUUACUUUACAUUAUUGUCGGGGCUCUACGACCCCUUAUAGCACGUGAGAUGAAAACUGUACUCAACCUUGCCAUUUCCCCAGGAGCUCGAUCGAUCGAAGACCUCAAACUUCAACCUGACGAGGUGUUCCAGAACCGGGUUAGGACUCUCUGCGGCCUUUUUGUGACAAUCGUCGAAAAUAGAAUCUUUCUUUUUCAUCAAACUGCGAGUGAGUUUCUCAUUGCCCAGGAUGAUGCCUCUCAAUAUAAAGGAAGAUCAGUUCCAUACCCUGAUCAGUGGCAGCACUCUUUUCCCCCAAGGAUAUCUCAUGGUCUCUGCGCUCAGAUCUGUACAUCGUUUUUGAUGUUUGAUACCUUUAGGGACAGAUUCCCUAACUUCGGCAACCAGGAAUUUGAUUACGAAGGGAUAUGGAAACCAUCCUUAAGGAAAAGUUUGCUUCAGAGAGCGACUAGCUUUUAUACAACUGAAAGUGUUUUCUUGGAGUAUGCCAUGAAAAGUGGGAUCGAACAUCUCGUCGCUAGUCGCCAGGUGGACACUAAACCUUCCGGAUCUAUGAAGGUAGCAGUGAUUGACGACGGAAUCGAUCCACGCCAAGAGGACCUAACUGGCAAGAUCAUCAUUUUGCUAGCACCCGAAAUUCCCUAGUCGCAUAAGUGCAUACUUUGUCCUGCGGGCCACCAUAGGACAAUGAUAGCAAGGCUAAUUUGUCGUUUGUGCCCGAACGUGAAGUUAUAUAUAGCAAGGAUACAGGAAUCAAAUGGGAAGAGACUUAUUACUAGACAGUCCGCUACGCAGGUAUGUGCAUACAAAG